GAAUGUCGUUUCAAGUGUGUUCGCGUUGCGUAUUGGGCUCUCUAACCUUCAAAAUUUCAAACCAUUUUGACAAUUUUUUCUUGGAAAACAAAACCCCCAAUUUGACACGGUCACACGGACAAAAGAUAACACCUUCCAGUCUUCGCCGCAGUCUUACUCCUUCCUUUGGCCGGCAUUUACUUCUUUCCCCGCGCAUCUCAUCCUCUCUUUCUUCUUCUGCAAUCGCAAUGGCGGGUUUGGGACGAUUGGGCGAAAGCAGGAGCGCACGUGGGCGGUCGGUUUCUCUCUAAUUGAGGUAGUUGUGUGCGUGUGGUGUGUGGGCGGAGCAGAAGCAGAAGCAGAAGUGAAUGGCGAGUGAGGCGUUGAGGCAAUUGGAGCAGAGAGUGAUGGAGACGCUCAAAGGGUGUCAAGAGCGAAGGGAGCCGCCAUUGGUAUGGACCCUUGAAGUCUCCAGGUGUUUGGGGAUUGCGGGGUUGGGGUUGCCCAGUCCCGAGCUAGCGGAGGUGCUCGUCUCCAACCUCUGUUUCGCCAACACCAACAACCCCUCUCUCUGGAAGUUCCUGGACCAAGCCCUCUCCUCCCGCAUCGUCUCUUCCCUUCAUGUCCUCUCCCUCCUUUCUUCCAGGGUAAUUCCUCAUCGCUGGUCUCAACCAGAGGCAUAUAGGCUCUAUCUUGAACUUCUAAGCAGAUAUGCCUUUGCAUUUGAUCCAUUGGAGGGAGAUGCUUGCAGAGACAAGAUAAUCAAAUCUGUAGAUACUGCCCUUCAGCUUUCCCAGACCUAUACAAUUCAAGUUUUGGAGCUUGGACAUGCAUUUGCAUUGUUCUUUUUCAGCAUUGUUAUUGGCUUGGUUGAUUGCACAUCAGAUGAUUGGGGAUUGCAAAUGACUUCUGGAGACAGAUCAAGUGGAGCAUUUGGAAGUGGAGACCACCAGAAUAUGGAAAUAGACUCCAAAGGGAAUCAGCAUUUAAGAAGAAAUGAACUUCGUGAACAGAUUAGGAGAAAGAAUUCUUUUUUGGCCAUGGAAGUGUUGGGAAAACUAAUGGAAAGCAGGAAAGCUAUGGUUCUGCUCCGCCUUGUUCACUUGAACAUGCCUGAAAAGUUCGAUGGCCUCCUUCAGAGGAUGCGGUUUCUUGAAGCCCAUAAAUUUACAUCCUCAAAUGUAAAUUCUGCAAACCAGCUUCUAGUGAGACUCUGUGCAAACAUCCAUGGAGUUGUGGGAUUUGAAUAUCAGUUGAACAAGCACCAGCUCAUUGGGAUGCUUAUUGAUAUUGGGUCAAGUAAGUCAGCAUUUCGCUGCAAUUUGGAAGCUGGCCAGUCUGCUUGUUGGGUUCCUUUUGAUAUUUUCAUGGAAAAUGCAAUGGAUGGGAGGCAACUUCCUGCCACAUCAUUUAUUGACAUUCUUACAGAAAUAAUCAAUACUCUCCAAGUUUUCAACCGAGCUAGCUGGCAAGAGACCUUCCUAGCUCUCUGGAUUUCAGCUCUUCGCCUUGUGCAGCGAGAACGUGAUCCUCCAGAAGGGCCUAUUCCUCACCUUGAGGCCCGUCUUUGUAUCCUACUCUCAAUUGUCCCGUUGGCAAUUGUUCAUGUUGUGGAGGAUGAAGCCAAGUUGUAUUCCUGCUCUGUUCAAGAAGCUAUAGCAUCGAGAUAUAAUGAGACUGGGUGUGGACAUGAUGGGAAAGGUCUCGAUUCAAGAAAGCAUGGACUUGUUUCCUCUCUUCAGAACCUUGGACAGUUUUCUGCCCUCUUAAGCCCCCCUGCGUCAGUUGUUAAUGCGGCUAACAAUGCAGCUGCUAAAGCAGCAAACUUCAUUUCUAACUCCAAAAAUGCCAGGGAUGUUUUAGCUGGAGGCAGUCGUGGUGAUACCUCUGUAAAAGCAGGUGGGAACAUGAGGCAUCUCAUAGUGGAAGCCUGCAUAGCAAGAAAAUUAAUUGACACGUCAGCAUAUUUCUGGCCUGGUUUUGUGUCUGCAUCAAUAGUCUCACAGUCAGAUUCUUCUCCGGUUCUAAAGUCUCCUUGGUCCACAUUUAUGGAAGGAGCUCCGUUAACUGCAGCUCUAAUAAAUGCCCUUAUCAUUACUCCUGCUUCAUGUUUAGCGGAGAUUGAGAAGCUAUAUUAUAUUGCACUAAAUGGAUCAGAGGAGGAGAAGCCAGCAGCUGCGAAGAUUUUAUGUGGUGCUUCUCUAAGCCGUGGGUGGAAUAUUCAGGAACAUGUGGUCUACUUUGUUGUCAAGCUUCUCUCUCCUCCCGCACCUUCCAAUUUUACUGGAAUAAGGAGUCACUUAGUUGAUUACAUGCCCAUGCUCAACGCUAUCCUUUUUGGGGUUUCUUCUGUUGAUACUGUUCAUAUUUUGUCUUUGCAUGGUUUGGUUCCUGAAGUUGCAGCUUCUUUAAUGCCACUUUGUGAGGCUUUUGGUUCAGUUAUACCAACAUCAAUUCACAAAGCAAGCACCACUGAUGAGCCCUCGGUUUACAUGGUUUUCUCUGUGGCUUUUCUCAUUCUUCUUCGCUUAUGGAAGUUUUAUAGACCACCUUUAGAGCAGUGUAUUACUGGGCAAGUGGGAGCAUAUGGAGGUGAACUUAACCUGGAAUAUCUUUUGUUGUUGCGCAAUAGCCAUGUAGCUACGCAUAGUUCUACUGCCCAGGAUAAAGUGGAUGGUAAUUCAAGUGUGCUUGAUUCAAAAUCUGACAAGCCUAUAUAUAUUGAUUCUUAUCCUAAAUUACGGGCUUGGUAUUGUCAUAACAAAUCCUGUAUAGCCUCGACUCUUUCUGGCCUAUGUAGUGGAAAUCCGGUUCAUGAAGUUGCUAAUAAGAUCUUAAAUAUGAUUUACUGGAAAAUGACUAAAAAUGGGACCAUGUCGGGUAGCUCUUCAACGCAGACGAGCAGCAGCAUUGGUGCGUCCACUGCAAGCUCUGGAGAUGAUGCUUACCAGAGACCUAUGCUCCCAGCUUGGGAAGUUUUGGAAGCCAUCCCAUUUGUUCUUGAGGCAAUUCUAACAGCUUGUGCUCAUGGAAGGCUUUCAUCGAGGGACUUGACUACAGGCCUGAGAGAUCUUGCCGACUUUCUGCCUGCUUCUCUUGCGGCUAUUAUUAGUUACUUUUCUGCAGAAGUUACUCGUGGUAUAUGGAAGCCAGUACAGAUGAAUGGAACCGACUGGCCUAGUCCAGCAGCAAUGCUUCAGUCUGUUGAGUCUGAAAUGAGUGAAAUACUCACUGAUGCUGGUGUUAAUGUUCCAAGCUGUUCCUCCGGGCUCUCAUCAGCAAUGCUCCCAUUGCCUAUGGCAGCUCUUGUCAGUCUAACCAUUACUGUCAAACUGGACAAGAGCUUGGAGUACAUGCACGCUGUUGCUGGACCUGCUUUGGAAAAUUGUGCAUCAGGUUGCCCUUGGCCCAGCAUGCCUAUAAUUGGAUCUCUGUGGGCACAGAAGGUUCGUCGCUGGCAUGAUUUUAUUGUUGUUUCAUGCUCUCGCUCUGUGUUCAGACAGAAUCGAGAAGCAGUUUCUCAGCUAGUCAGAAGUUGCUUCACCUCAUUCCUUGGAUUGUUUGAUGCUUGUACCUCUCCAUUAACCAAUCAAAAUGGUGUACAUGGUCUUUUAGGCAGCAUUAUCUCAGCUCGUGGUGUCCGUCAUUCUGUGGCGCCUGGUUUUCUGUACCUUCGGUCAUCUCGGACAAUACACAAUGUUCAAUACCUGAAUGAUGUGGUUGUAGAUCUUGUAGCCGAGUUCUCUCGAGAAUUAGCUGCCAGAUGGGCAAGCACAGAUUCCGCUCGCUUGAAGUCUAGUCGAGCUUCUCUGGCCUUUGCCAUUGCCAGGGCAAAAGAGGUGGCCACUCUUGGUGCAAGCCUUUUAUGCGUUGCAGGUGGGCUCCAACUGGUCAAGAAAUUAUACCAGGAGACCAUACCAACAUGGUUGCUCAAAAAGAGAGAAGAGAGACCUGGUGAGGUGAUUGCUGUUUCUCGUAUAAUUGAAGGAUAUGCAAUGGCAUAUUUGUUGAUUUUUUCAGGGUCUUUCAUGUGGGGUGUUGGGGCUAAACCACCAUUGUGGGCAUUCUCCAGAAGGGCUCGCGUAGUCGGGGCCCACAUGGACUUCCUGGUAGGGGUGUUGGAGGGAAACAUAUUACUUGGUUGUGAUCCUGUGACUUGGAAGGCUUAUGUUUCUUGUUUGAUGGGUUUGGUUGUGAGUUUUGCUCCGACAUGGAUUCAAGAAGUGAGGCUGGAAACCCUUAAGAAAUUGGCUACUGGAUUAAGAGGUUGGCAUGAGUGUGAAUUGGCUCUCUCUCUCCUUGAAAGAGGCGGGACUGCAGCCAUGGGUGCUGUAGCCGAACUGGUAAAUGUAAUUAAUUGAUUACUGAGUUUGCAAUGUAAUUUCUGUCUAUCUCAAGUUGCAUGAAAUUAAGUCUGCAGCCUUACCCAAUUUCAUGAUACCAAAGCCCUGGAAGCUCUUCAUAUGGUUCUAACAACACAUCAUUUCCUGAAUCCUAACCUGAAUCCCAAAGACCCAUCAUACCAAGUUUUAGAGUUGGUCAUUGCUCUCUCAGAUCAUUUUCCAAGUAGCUUAUUAUAACUGGGCAUGUUAGGGUUUAAUCACCUCAAGUGUAAUGGUUCACCACAAAGACGAGCAGGGGCAUAUGUGGGUGCAAGAGAAGAGAGAGGGCAUAAGAGCAGCAGCAGCUUCUAAAAUGUUUUGAGGCUGCAGGCCCAUUCUCUCUGUAUAUGUGUCUUGUGUAGAUAAGCUUGUUUUUUUUACUCACUCUUGGGUAUGUUUGUAUAUAAUUGUUUAACUUGAAAAUCAAUUAAAGGUUAAAGUCCCAUAUUGGAGAGCGGGUAA